GGCUAUUUUGGCGAUUUUAUUUUACAUAUACUAUUGAAAAUUAACAUCCAAAAACUUUGAUAAAAACCGAACAUCAAUAAAGUUAGAUUAUUGUAAUAUUCCGGCCAGAGGAUGCCAGGACUUCAUUUGUAUUUAAAGACUUUAGUAUAGGAUCUUCUUUAAAAAAUCUUCUCUUCCACAAAUCCAGGAAACCCAUUUAUUAACCUAACUCUUUGUUUACUUGUGGCUCAAGAUAAAAAAGCUUUUUAUUUAUGAUUUAAAGGUGACUUUUGUGUUGACACUUUCCGUUCUGUACUUCAUCAAAAAGCACCGCGUUAAAACCGGCAAUCGGAAAAUGGCGAACAGAAAAGUGCGUGGAGUGGCCAUCGGUCGCCUGGAUGCAAUAUUAUCCGGUAUUUUCAUUAUCCUCUCGGCUGUAGGCAUGCGAUUGGCAGACGUGAUUGGACCUCAAAUAGCACAGUUUCUGAAUAGCUCUAUUCGGCAUGCAGCCUCUGAUCUUCGCUUUUUUCUUACUAUUUUUUUUGUCGUCAAGGUGAUGAAUUUACCUGCAUCGAUCUUGUUGGCUGUGGGCUCAGCCAAGGAAAGAAUCCUUUAUCUAGCGCCCUGGCUGGGAUUGAAUUUGUCGUACCUCAUCUUGGCAAGCACAGUUACUCUUAUACAGUGGACAAAACUAGUUGAUUCCUCCGUUCCCUUGCUGAAGGCUUUUGGGAUCAUUCUGGUUUCAAUAGCAAUACUGUUUAUCAGAUGCUAUUUAUGUUACGAGGUUCAUUCCCUGUUGAAAGAAAUGCGAGAGGCAAGGGAAAUCCUUCACACCCUUAUAACGGCGGCACCAGAGGUCCGAGAGGUUCGCGUAAAUGCAGUUUUUGUACAUGUCGAAGAACAAUCUUAAUAAAAGAAAAAGACACCUA